UUAUUGACAACGUAUGAUAAUUAUGUUUACCAAAAGUCUAGAAUUAUGUUUAUUAUUAAAGAAAUUAUCAAGCAACCUCGUAGUUGUCAAAGUUUAAACACUUUACCUACCUCAAUAACCCUUCAAUGGCUCAAUAUUCUCGAAAGCCAAUUAAAUAAUAUAUUAUUUAAUAAAUCUACUUUUGAUUUUCAUACCUAUUUAUCUUUCCGAGUAUAUUCAUAUGUUUCACAACAAUUAAAUUCAUAGAAAUUGUAGUGAUGAAAAUCAAUGUUUUUAAUUUGUGUUUCCUUUGUGCAUUGUUUCUUUUAUCUGUUGUGGCAACAGAGACAUUAAAAGAAGAGACAUUAAAAGUAGGUAAACAAUAUACAAAAGAGUCAAAGAAAAAUGUUUUGGUAGAUAAGUUUGAUGGUGGGCGAAAACCCAUAGAUAUAGAAUCUUUUGAUCAAAAUAAGUCCGUUGGUGCGGGAAAUAAAACAAGGGAAGAAAGGAUGAUGGAAAAGGAAGCAAAGCAGAAGGAAAUAGUUUUGGUAAAGGAAGCAAAGCAGAAGGAAAGAGCUUUGGCAAAGGAAGCAAAGUUGAAUGAAAGACCUUUAGCAAAGGAAAAUAAAAUGAAAGAAAAAAAUAAAGAAAAAGGGUAUGGGUCAGGGAGAAGGUCAAUGCAUUAUUAGUUGUAAAAAUAAAAUAUAAAUAAAGCAUACACUAUAAUCAUUGCAUGAUUGGGUGAAUGAAUGAUAAUAAUAAUUGAUGUUGUAUACCUUUAAAAAAAAUUGAUGUUUUACAUACCAUGUAUAACUGUUUAUGUAAACAUAUGUACGUGAUCAUUUUUAUUUUUUAUUUUUAUAACAGAUUCGCUUCUUUAAUCUCA